CGCCUCUGCGACUGGUACACUGAAGGUCUCUUUCCGUCUUUCGUGAACAUUGAGCGUUGCCAAACGCUGCCAUACGCACGCUCACCUUCAGUAUAUAAGGAAGAGUUGCGCUACCGUGCCGACGCCAGUUGAAGGAAGACUGCCAGAAAUCUCUCCAGGAUGUCUAUCACCAAGAUUUUUGCCCGCUCCAUCUUUGACUCCCGUGGUAACCCCACGGUUGAGGUAGACUUGUACACAGCUAAGGGCUUGUUCCGUGCAGCUGUUCCCUCUGGAGCAUCAACUGGCGUACAUGAGGCCUUGGAAAUGCGUGAUGGAGACAAGUCAAAAUACCAUGGAAAGUCUGUAUUUAAUGCAGUCAACAAUGUAAACAAAACCAUUGCUCCAGAACUGAUCAAGAGUGGCCUCAAAGUUACUCAGCAAAAGGAAUGUGAUGAAUUCAUGUGCAAGCUGGACGGAACUGAAAACAAGAGCCGCUUUGGUGCCAAUGCUAUCCUUGGAGUCUCACUGGCUAUCUGCAAGGCUGGUGCUGCAGAACUCAGCAUUCCUCUUUACAGGCACAUUGCAAACCUGGCCAACUAUCCUGAUGUAAUCCUUCCUGUUCCUGCUUUCAACGUAAUCAAUGGUGGAUCACAUGCAGGUAACAAACUGGCCAUGCAGGAAUUCAUGAUUCUCCCCACUGGUGCAAGCAGCUUCACUGAAGCCAUGCGUAUGGGAUCUGAAGUUUACCAUCACCUAAAGUCUGUCAUCAAGGGUCGUUUUGGAUUGGAUGCUACUGCUGUUGGUGAUGAAGGUGGUUUUGCACCAAACAUCCUUAACAACAAGGAUGCUCUGAACCUUAUUCAGGAAGCUAUUGAGAAGGCUGGCUACACUGGCAAGAUUGAAAUUGGCAUGGAUGUUGCUGCUUCUGAAUUCUACAAGGGAGCCAAUACCUACGAUCUUGACUUCAAGACCCAGAACAAUGACGGUUCUCAGAAAAUUUCUGGUGACCAGCUAAGGGAUCUUUAUUCCGAGUUCUGCAAUGAAUUCCCCAUUAUUUCCAUUGAAGAUCCAUUUGAUCAGGAUGACUGGGAAAACUGGACCAAGAUGACUGCUGGUACCUCCAUCCAGAUUGUUGGUGACGACUUGACUGUCACAAACCCCAAGCGCAUUCAGACUGCUGUGGAGAAGAAAGCUUGCAACUGUCUCUUGCUUAAGGUCAACCAAAUUGGCUCGGUCACAGAGUCCAUCAAGGCCCACCUGCUAGCCAAGGAGAAUGGCUGGGGCACCAUGGUCUCUCACAGAUCAGGUGAAACUGAGGACUGCUUCAUUGCUGAUUUGGUUGUUGGCUUGUGCACAGGACAGAUUAAAACUGGUGCUCCUUGCCGUUCUGAACGCUUAGCAAAGUACAACCAGAUUCUUCGUAUUGAAGAGGAACUUGGAUCAAAUGCAAAGUAUGCUGGCAAGACCUUCAGGAAGCCCUGCUAGAUGUACUAGUUGAAGAAUUGAUAAGAAGUGUUGAGGGUUGUUAAGCAACCAACAUUUCUUCCAGGAUGUAAACUUUUGAAUAGGCGUGUGAAUGUUGUCAUCUAGCGUAUGUGAAAGUUUAGUUUUUUAUUUCCUGGUACGUAUAUUUUUUACGCCAACACUGUCGGUUUUGAGUUUGUUUUAUAAAGCACUUAUUUUGUAAAAAAUUAUUGUAAAAUGAAAGCCAGAAAGUUUUUGUAUUCACACAUUCAGGACACUGUAAAUUUUGACAUGAUUGAGCCAGUUUACAUUUAACUAGAUCAUUCUAGAUGUGAAUCUGUGGUUGGUUGUGGCUUGCAUGUGUUGAUAGGACCAUCUGUGUUUUAACUAGUCAUGUCCCCGGUUAUAGAUCUUGAUCUCUGUUGUAGUGUCAUAUUUUGGCUAUUGGAGACUAUAUUAUUCUAUGCUACUAUGCUAAAGUUAUGCAUUACAACUUGCCCCAAAUCCCAAGUAUUAUUUAUACAAGGGACAUUAAAAUUUAAAGGUAAA